AUGUCUGACGAAUCCGAGGGCGGGGAGCACUAUCCGUAUUACAGUGGCUCCGGGGAAGACGACGACUCGCACGAGUCCGAGUCCGAGUCCGAUGGCGCCCACCCCGGCUUCCUGGACCUCGAGGCCUCCGAGGCCAGCUCCGAGCCAGACCAUGACGGCCAGAGCCUGUCAGACGGCGGCAGCUACGACGGCAGCCACGCCGGGGACAGCUUCCCCAGGUUCAUGCAGCUGCCGCCCGAGAUCCGCGAGAUGGUCUGGGCCGCCUUCUGCCCAGACCUCGGGCCCGAGCCGCGCGUGCUUGAGCUCCACCUGCAUUGCGUCGUCGCACCCCCGGGCGCCUUCCACCUCCCCAUGGUGGUGCGCGCCAUCGCCGCCGGCCCGCAGCUCGAGAGCCAGACCGAGCCCAUGAGGGCCGUCCUGGCCGUCCACCAGGAGAGCCGCGCCCUGGCAUUGAAGUCGGCGCCCCACGAGCUGCCGCUGGCGCACGGCGUGCUGGUCCGUUAUCACGAGGAGCGUGACGUCUUGUUUAUCUCGUGGAACGACGAGAUUCGCCUGCGCGGCAUCGCCCUGAGGUUCCAGGAGCUGGGCAUCGAGGCGCGGAGUAUCGCCUUUCCGUCCGUCGUGUGCCAUCACAACCAGGAUGAGCUAGUGGACCUGAUGUAUCUGCUCCCCCAGGCCAGGAGGCUAUUUAUCCUCGAUGAGGAGGAAGACCUGCGGGACCCCGGCGGCGUCUCCCCCCUGCAGGUCCAAGAUUAUGCCUGGACUGCUACAAACAAGGUCUACAGGUACCGCCUUGACGCAGAAGAGGAGGGCGAGUAUGGGUUACCCAACACCGUCAGCCGCAUCUUCUGCUGGCCUGACCUCGACAGAUUCCCCGAGUUCGCCGAAGAGAACGUCACAAAACGAGAUGACAGCUGGUGGUGGACUUCUAGGAUCACCGAGUUCCGUAACCGCCUCCGGGCCCCGCUCGAGGACUCGGGAGAACUGAAUCAGGAUGACAUUUCUGAUGAGGAGAAGGCAGAAGCUAUCGAACGACUUCAAAACAUCGAGGUCUGGCCAAUGGUCCGGUUCAACUUCGGCGAGGGGCUGGAGCUGUUCUACUACAUGGAGACUCACGGCCUGGACCGAGACCGGCUCCCGCCAGACUACCUCUCCGACUCGGAAGGCUCCGACGGAGAGAUCGAGGAUGAGUACGAAAGCUCAGGGAUUGACGACGACCCCAUCGAUGACUCCACCUCUGACGAAGACGAAGACGAGCUGCUCGGCCAACACCUUGGUCGAGAUUCUCCCCACAUGCACGAAUACUCCAGCCAGCUACUCGACAACGUCUCCGAGAUGGGGGACCUGGCUCCGGCCAAUUUCUCGGGCGAUGAUGAGGGCGUCCGGGAGCAAGACCACAUCACACUCACUUCCGACUCGGAGAGUGAUUCGGGAUCGCGGAGCCGCACGUUGCGACGGGAGCGCCUGGUCGUGGACUCGAGCCCUGAUGAGAGUGCCACGGAGACGGAGGAGACCCCGCCUUCUGGGCGACGCCGCCAUCUAGACCAUCUGCUAGAUGUCGAAGACUUGGACACCGAAAAUGACAACGAGUCAUCGGGUUCAGAGCCGGUGCGAGAGGCCAGCCGGCGCGCCCGGGCUCUGCCGAUCAGCUCCGAGGACGAGCUUGAAGAAGGCAACGAUGAUGACGAGGAUGACGUGCCUCAGCCCGCCCGCUCGGGUCGCAGGCGCGGCCGUGUGGUACCUGCUGACUCGGACGACGACGACGACGACGACGACGAGGUAGUGGUGCAACAGCCGUCCGGGAGCAGGAAGCGGCGAGGACGGGUCGUGCAGGUGGAUUCUGAUGACGAGGACGAGGACGAGGACGAGGACGAAGACGGCCAGAGCGACUCUCAGGGAGGCGGCGCCAAGACAAAAGCCCCCAAGUCCUCUGAUGAGGAGCCAAGCAGUUCCGACGAGGAAGACGAUGAUCCGCCGCCGCCAAAAAGGAUGUCCCUCGCGAAGCGACUGAGCAUGGAGGGCAGGCAAGCCCAAUCGCGACACCCGCGCCGCCUCGACGACUCUGAGGCUGAGGAGAUGACUGGUGACGGCUACGGCUACAGCGACGACCAAGAAGACGAGGUGGACGGCUCCGAUAACAGCAUGGUCAUGGGCAUGGCUGAGGAGUCCGAGGGCGAGGACGGCGAGAGCGAGGAGGAUUACUAA